AUGGAUUCACCAAAUUCUUCAAAUCCAUACAACAAUAUGAGUCUAGAGGAUAUCAUAAUUGCAGAGUGUACUGACGAUCAUGAUGAUCAAUAUUUCAAAGUGCUCAUGGAUGGGGAUAGCUCAACAAGACAAGGAAGAAAGAGAGCUCACAUUGAUAGGGGUCAUGUAGAAGGACACCAACGUUUGUUCGAUGACUACUUUUCUGAUGAACCGAUGUAUACAGAAUAUCAAUUUCAAAGAAGAUUUAGAAUGCGUAGACACGUAUUCCUACGCAUAGUGCAAGCUCUAGAAAAUCAUUCGGAGUAUUUCCAUAUGAGGUUUGAUGCAGUCGGUAGAAGGGGGCUUUCACCAUUACAGAAGUGCACCGCUGCUAUGCGAAUAUUGGCAUACGAAGCGCUUGUCGAUUAUGUUGAUGAGUGUGCUUGA